AGACGUUAGAGUCUUGAUUAAGAUCUUGCUUUUGCCUUUUGUGCAAAGUGCCACUCAACACACAGUCCCAUCCUCUUUGCUGAGAUCACAGCAUCAGCCCACGAUAAAACAGGCCCCAGAAAACAUUGAUUCACUGCAUUACAGCAGCUUGAUGUGGCUGUGCCUCUGCCAGGAGAGCUCUCGGCUGGAGGUGAUCACCCCGGACUCCUCUGCCCUCCCCUGGAGAGGCUCUUUCACCUUCGGUGAAUUCCAGCACCUGGCUGGCAGGAGGAGGGGGCGGUGGCACUGGGUGGCACUGGGUGGCACUCGGUGUCCUCCUCCCCGGCAGCUGGCACUGGGGCAGUGCUGGUGAGGAGCAGCUCCGAGCUGGAGGGGUUUGCAUGGGCUGGAGACCGAACCCGGAGCUUUCUGAAGAAGCUUUAAGCUGAAAUUGCUGAGAAUUUUUGCCUGAAGCGAGAGAUGUUUCCCGUGUUUUAGACAAGCAGCAACCUGCAGUCAGAAGGAGGAAGGGGCUGAAUUCACCCCAGAAGUAUUUCUCCAAGAUCGUUUUUUUUCAAGGGACCAAAAGGUGGAGACGCUGAGAAGGCGAGAUGGUCCCAGGAGGCUCCGUGUGUCGUUUGCCAGGGAACAGGAACCUGAGGCUUCUCCACGCCGGGCGCUUCUGUGUCCCAUCUCCUACCACACCCUGAAAUCAAACUGAGCAGCUGAGGUGAACCAGGCCCUGCACAAACAUGUCAGCCUUGCCUCCACCCCUUUUCCUUCUCCCGCUUUCUCCUGCCCUCUUUCUCUCCCGAGUUUCUCGGCGCGGAUCCCGGUGGCCGAGCGUCCCCACCUCCCCGCUGCUGACGGAGCCAUGAGGACUCAGGGGGAUGGUUCUGGAAGGGAAGGAAAACCAGGAGCUGGAUUCCUUUGGGAAGGAGUUUACUUCAUCUUUACUCCUAUAGCCCAGCAACACCAUCCUCCAAUCAGCUCUGCUGCAUGACAGUGGGAGAGUUCCCCUCCAGACCCUUCUUUCUCCAUUCACGUGGAAUUGUCCUCUGCCGGCGUUGUUGCAGCAGAACUGCCAGACAUUAAUGCCUUAAUGUAUUUGGGGACAGAGUACUGAAAAGAAAGAAGAGAAGUUCUGUGGCUGGAAUCACCAUGUUCCGUAAGAAGAAGAAGAAACGCCCCGAGAUCUCUGCUCCCCAGAACUUUGAGCACCGUGUCCACACUUCCUUUGACCCCAAGGAGGGGAAAUUUGUGGGGCUGCCCCCCCAGUGGCAGAAUAUCCUGGACACGCUGCGGCGCCCCAAACCCGUGGUGGACCCUUCAAGGAUCACCAGGAUGCAGCUCCAGCCCAUGAAGACCGUGGUGAGAGGCAGCACAGUGGAGGUGGAAGGUUACAUCUCCGGGCUGCUCAACGACAUCCAGAAGCUUUCUGCCAUCAGCUCCAACACUCUGAGGGGAAGGAGCCCCACCAGCAGGAGGAGAGCUCAGUCCCUGGGGCUGCUGGGGGAAGACAGACCCCCAGACAUGUAUCUUCAGAGUCCUGAAGCAGACUGGGCAGACAGAUAUGGAAACUACCUCAACUGCAAUGGUGGGACCAAGGUGACCCGGAGGCAGACGAUGUGGCCAGACUACAAACCCCGACUGGAAGGAGAGUCCCAUCCCAAUGGGAUGGUGACCAAAGCACAGUCCCUUGGGCCUUCAGAGUUCCAGGGGGCUGAGGGCAGCUGCCUCCAGCGUGCCUCUGGGCUGCAGCACGUGCCAGGGGAGGGUGAGAAGGUGGGCAAGAAGAGCUCAGAAGAGUGCUGGCCUCAGCCUUGUCUCCUGAGACCAGCAAACCCCAGGCCCCCGGGGGAAGGCAGCCCCAGCUCCAAAUCCAGGGAAAGCAGCCUGAAGAGGAGGCUGCUCCGCAGUGUCUUCCCCUCAUCCAGCAGCUCCAACAAGUCCAGCUCCUCCCUGCAGAUGAAGCCCAACGCCACCUUCAGGCCCCAGCAGUGGGGUUCACCACACAGCCCUGCAGCCAAAGCCCAGUCUCUCCCAGCAGAUCAACCUCCCUCCGAGUUCCCCAGGAUGAUCUCAGAAGCUGGGACCCCCCACAAGUCCCCCCCAGUGGAGAAGCCCAUUGCAGUGCCCCCGGGCAGACCCUCCCCAGCGGGCUCCCCCCGGAACCGGCAGACCCAGACGAGUUCCAGCAACCUUCACCUUCCCCAGGACUCUUCUGCCAAGGGCCAGGUGGCCGGGGAGGACCCGGUGGUUGUGACUCACGAGCAGUUCAAGGCUGCUCUGAGGAUGGUUGUGGACCAGGGGGAUCCCCGGGCGUUGCUGGAGAAUUACGUGAAGAUUGGUGAGGGCUCCACGGGCAUCGUCUGCAUCGCGCGGGAGAAGCACUCGGGGCGGCAAAUCGCUGUCAAAAUGAUGGAUCUGAGGAAGCAGCAGCGUAGGGAGCUCCUCUUCAAUGAGGUGGUGAUAAUGAGGGACUACCAACAUGUCAACGUGGUGGAGAUGUACAAGAGCUACCUGGUGGGAGAGGAGCUCUGGGUGCUGAUGGAGUUCCUGCAGGGAGGAGCCCUCACUGACAUUGUGUCUCAGAUCAGGCUGAAUGAAGAGCAGAUUGCAACAGUGUGUGAAUCUGUGCUGCAGGCUCUGUCCUAUCUCCACUCUCAGGGGGUCAUUCACCGAGACAUUAAGAGUGACUCCAUCCUCCUGACCCUGGAUGGAAGGGUAAAGCUCUCAGAUUUUGGCUUUUGUGCCCAGAUCAGUAAAGAUGUUCCUAAAAGGAAGUCCCUGGUGGGUACUCCCUACUGGAUGGCCCCAGAAGUAAUUGCAAGGAUACCCUACACUACUGAGGUGGAUAUCUGGUCUAUGGGGAUCAUGGUGAUAGAGAUGGUGGAUGGAGAACCCCCCUAUUUUAGUGAUUCUCCAGUCCAGGCAAUGAAGAGGCUCCGUGACAGCCCUCCUCCUAAGCUGAAAAACUUCCACAGGACCUCCCCAGUUCUGAGGGACUUCUUGGACAGGAUGCUGACACGGGAUCCCCUGGCAAGAGCCACAGCACAGGAACUUCUGGAUCAUCCCUUUUUGCUCCAGACAGGACUCCCAGAGUGCCUGGUCCCCCUGAUCCAGCAGUACCGAAAGAGAACCUCCACCUGCUGACUUGACAGAAGGGGGAAUGCGGGGAUAAAGUCGUGUUUAUUAAAAAUGAUAUUUAUAUAUCUAGAGGUCUGAUGAGACCAGGCAGUCUCAGCCUGUGAAUGGUGCUUGGAACUGGUCAGCAAUCUGCAGAGGGUGCCCAUGAACACUGUCCCUGCCUCCUCAGCCUCUUGUGGCUCCUUCUUUGCUGCAGACAAUCAACCAGGACUGGGCCCAGGGUGCCCAGGGGUGUCUCAAGAUCAGAUGUCUGGGGACUUGUGGAUGGCUUCCUCUGAAGGAUGGCAUUUUGAGGUGGAGUCUGAAGUUGUGGAGUGUCUGAAUGUCUGGAAAACAAUGUUCCUGCAAACCUUGGCUGCUGAUUACUGAACUGGAACUGUGUUUCUCAAUGAGAAAUGUGAUCUUUGUUCCCUUAGGUGUACACUGGAGUCUUGAGCUGACCCAACUGGAUGUUUUGGGGCACAGACCCCUUUACACUCUCCAACAAUGCACAAAGACUUAACAAUUUUUUUUCCUCUGAGACUUUUUCACAGAUGAAAAGUUUUAAUUUCCUUCAAUUAAACAUGGACCUGGAAAACUCUACAUAUUUUCCUAGGGAGCAGAUGUGAUAUGUAUAUACUUGUUUCUAAAUGGUUCUCUGCAUCAACAAACUUCUCUCUUGCUGAGGAAUAUGUAUGGUUUAGUGGUCGAUCUUGAAUCCAUUUCAUGCUCUUAAACUUUUGGAGGGGAAACCCCUUGGAUGCACGCCUCCAAAACAGACUCUGUGAAGAUGACAAGUGUUCUGCCACCAGGAUCUGCAGCUGAAAACUCAGAAUAUGCAACAUCUCCCAUGCUGGUGGGAAAGGAGAGCUGGGGGCAGCUCAUUCCCCUGUUUGCUUUCCAGGCCUCUUUCUUCCAAAGUCCUUUCUCCCAGGAGAGGCUGAGAAAUACCAUCCUGAGACAGUUAUUGUGGAGCUCCUUGGGGGUGCUCCAGGGGCCUGGAUGAAAACGUUUCAGCUGUCCUGUGUGUAUCCCAGGGGAGGUUUUUGUGUUCCUGUGGGGUGGUUGUUGAGCCUCUCUCUCCCCUGCAGAAGAGAAGAGGAACUUCUGGUGUCUGCUUUGUUUUUGGUGUGCCCUUCCCCACCAUCCCUGCACUGAUAGGUUCUGAAGGUUACUGGUUGUCUAAGCAGCUCUUCCAGUUAUUUUCAUUUAGAUUUAGAUGUUUUGUAUGAUACACUUCUGACCUGUGAGGUUGUCAAGGUAGUUGGGCUGUAGGUCAGGCUGUGACACUGUGCAGUAAUGGUGUUGUUGUCGUGAGCUCUCAAGAGCAUAACCUUACAUGGGGAACUGGGAUCCUGUUUGGAAACCUCCAGACACAAUGUGUUGGGAUUUAAGUUAUUCUUGGGACAGUCCUACUGUCCAGAAACUAACCUCAGAACUGCAUUUUCUUCAGAAGAUGUUGAUAAUCUCUGUCCUCUGCUAUUUACUCCAGUUACAGAUCCUGCUUCAGAACUGAAGCCACAGUUGAUUACUUGAAGUAAUUUGGGAUGGAAUUCAUCUGCACUGAUGCCAGCCUCUAAAUGGUGGGCACCCAGUCUGUGAAGCAGAGAGGUUGGCUCUGUAGACCAAGGUGAGGGGAACAGCUCCAGAGGGUGGGUGCCCCCUCUCAGAUCCCUGCUGAGGGUUGGAAUUGCCCCUGCCCAGCAGCGGGGUCAGAGGUGGCUUGGCUAGACUGGAUGUCUAAGUCUGGGGCUAUUGAAGUUGGUUGAAAUGAAUUCAUUUAGCUCCUCUUUAGCUGCACUGGAAACUUUUUGAUGUAAAAUGUUUCUGUAUUCUGGAUUUACUGCUUUUUUUUAUGCAAAAGAGCAGGGCUUUGAAAAGAUUUAUAAUUCGAAACGAACGAUCCUGCUCGUCUGUAGUUGUGAAUCCUUUGCACUUGUGUUUUAAAUUAAAGUAGAUCUUGAUUUAUUCAUAAGCCUGUUGUGGUGCUGAGAUGCUUUAAAAUAUGUCUAUAGGUCAGAGAUGUGAGGGAAGUGUGUAAAAGCUUGAAGUCUGCUCUAACUUAGCUGCUCUGUGACUUUUAAAACAAGACCAGACUGUAGCAGGAUCUGGAUCCUGAAUCCAAGGUUCCUCUGGGAUGGGAGGUUUAGCACUGAAAACCAUUUCAUCCUUGGGCCCCAGUCUCACUGAACACAGUGUGGGGGGAAGGCCCUGGGAUGAUUGCAUUGAAAUCUCUUAUACAAUUUUAAAACCUCUUUACUCCUCAUGUAUUGUGCAGAUAGUGCCCACCCAGCACAGAAUUCAACAUCUGAUGGUUGUGUUUCUCUCUUUACAGUUUGUGCACGGCCUCUCACCAAUUAAUUGCUCCAUUACUUUAGAUGAGUGUGGAAUAAACCAGAAAUCCUAAGACAAACAUAGAUUAGAUAGAAGAUUGAAGCUCUGUCUCCAAGGCCAACAGCUCCUUCCCCACCAGCCAGGCAGGAGAAUGCCAAUGAGCAGAGCAGGUUUGUUGUGUGCAUUGCAGUCCCAGUUCAGAGUGAGAUUUCUUGUAUGCUGAGUGGUACCUGAGUGUGUAACUCAGUUUGUUAAACACUGCAGCCUCUUCUCUGAAGAGUGGGUAAUUGUGCC